UAAUGGGGAAGUGUGAAACGCGUGCUUGGUUCAUUUUGACCAUUUGCGUGCUCGCUGUACACACACCUGCUGAAGCCUGGUACAAACAAGCAGCCGGACCCAGUUAUUAUUCGGUCGGGAGAGCAUCAGGGCUGCUGUCGGGGAUCCGGAGAUCAGCGUUCAGAAGAGCUGAACAAGACACACGGGACGGCGGAGAUUUCCCUGAAAAUAACGCAGUCUUGCACACAAACUUCGCGCUGAAAAAUAUGCCAAUUUGUGUAAAGGACGUUUUGCCGGAGCUGCAAAGCUGUGAACUGGUGCACGACUCCAUGUUUCGGUGCGAGGCGGCAGUCAUCAUCACCCUCGACUCCAGCGACUGUGAGCACGCGUGAAGAUCACCUCUGAUUUCGGACUAAACAAAAUACAAGCACAAAGAUAAUACAGCAUUGUGUGUGUGGCAUUUAAGUGUGUGUCCUGUUUAAGUGUGUGCCUUAAACAAACAAUAUGAAGCCUAGAGCAUAUUUAAGAACAGCACUUUUCCCAGUGUGGCAGUGAUUUACUUUUACUGGGGUGUGUGUGGGUGUGUGUGUGUAGGUGUGUCUACACACGU